CACACACACAAAGGCUCACUGGAGGGUUUGACUUUGUGUCUUGUUUUUUUUUAAAGCUGUUUCUUCAAGGUUCAGGACUCUGCAUGGAUUUCUGCUUCCAGUCAUGAACUUGUCCCACUGAAGGUGAAGGAGAGGCCUGUUGCGCGUUGAGACUCGGAGGAGGGGAUCUGGCAUCCAUGGAGUCCAAUCUAUCCUGCCUGUCUUCCCUGAAAGAAGACAGCGAUCCGGUUUACAUCCAGCCACACUACAAAGAGUCCUACCGCCUGGCCAUUUAUGCCCUGCUGUGUGGAGGCAAAGAGGCCUACGAGGAGUUCCUCCGAGCCGAGCAGAUCAGCCACUUUCUGUCAGAGGAAGAGAUUCUGUUCAUCUUUGACAAUGCAGAGUUACCGGUUGAGGAGGAGGACGACCCCUCGGAGGGGAAACGGGUCACGGACGAGGCCGGCCCCUCCACCUACUUCCCCACCGAGUCGGACGAGGAGGUGCCCGACCUGGACCUGGGCUGGCCCGAGGUGUCCCUGGAGAGCGAGGACACCAGCAUCAGCCUGCUGUUCAACCCGCCCCGGCAAAACACGCCGACCAUCAAAGAAGUGAUUCGCAAACAGAUCCAGGAGGCGAGCCAGGUUAUUGCCGUUGCGAUGGACGUCUUCACUGACGUGGACAUUUUCAAAGAGAUCGUCACUGCCACGCUGAGGGGAGUGGUGGUCUACAUCCUGCUGGAUGAUUCCCAGUUCAAGAGCUUCCUCACCAUGACACAGAGGGUGGGCAUCAACGUCCAAGACCUCAAGAACAUCCGUGUUCGGACGGUUCAUGGGCAGCAGUAUCAGUGUCAGUCCGGGGUGAAGUUUCGAGGAGAUUUGGAGCAAAGAUUUCUUCUGGUGGACUGCCGAACAGUGUUGUAUGGAACAUACAGCUACACGUGGUCGUUUGAGAAGAUGAACCUCAGCAUGGCGCUGGUGAUCACCGGUCAGCUGGUCGGCUCUUAUGACGAGGAGUUUCGCAGACUGUACGCUCGCUCUACAGUUCCUACCAUCCUGUCCAGGGAGAGGUUAUCUGUAAAGUACCUGAGAGACACUGUGGUCCUACAGAGCCCCAAGUCCAGCCAGCUCGCCCUCCACCAACUUCACAUGCGACCCAGAGUGACGCACGGCAUGAGGAGCGCUCAGGGCGACAGGUUCAACAACGCCGCCGUCAUGAACCGGGGCCUGAGCGUGCAGGAGAGGCUGAAUCAGUCUCACUGUUUCGACAUGGGGAAUUUGCUGCGGGGACACAGCUAUGGCGGAGAACUGCAGAAGUUAAACUCCCUGACUCAGCUGAGGAUGGGGACCAAGGACAUCGGAGUCCCUUUCGCUCCGGAGAAGACGGGACCUAACCCGAGGGGGGGCGGCGACUUGCUGCUACCAAACUUGUCUCAGCACCACCUCAGGCACCAGACUCGCUACGGAGCGGACCAGAAUCUGAUCCCGUUCAACUCUGAAACCUCCCUCCACAGGUGGAAGAUGGACACGUACUUUAACGACAGCGAAGUGCCUCUAGAUGCAUCGUGUGACGCGAUAAUGGCAAUGACAUCUCCGUAUAGCAGUCACACAGGCUUAAACGAUCAUCAGUCGCAGCUGAUUCACAACAGGCCAAGGGACAUCAAGUUCAGGAUGGAGGAAAUGAGGCAGAAGAGGCUCAGUCUGCAGGAGUACACCAAUCACAAGCAGAGCCAAGAGUCCUUGAGGUCUGUGUAUCAGACUCUGGAAAGACCUAAAUAUAAGCGGGGUCUGGACAUGAGGCAGAGUGUGGCAGAAGUAGAGCCAAAAGCGCAAAACGAGUACAGCCUGGAACCGGCCAACCCCAAAGACAGUGAGCCAAGUAAGGAAGUCGACAAAAGAGAGCAAACUCUCACCGAUGGCCAGCGCUCUGCCUCCUACUACGACGUUGCAAUGGCUCCAGAUCGCAGGACAACGCAGACAUACGACUGGCACGAGCCUCUCUCCAGGACGACCUCCGCUGCUGAUUUCGAAAUGACACUGAACGAUCCAUUGCUCAAGCUCUCUCAUCUGCAGCCCAGCGGUCUCCAACACCCAAGAGCGAUGGAGUCCUUGACUGAGAUCCCAGAAGAGAAAGGAGAGGGCUCACGCGUCAACAGUUCGGACUCGGCUGUAUUCAAAGACGGAUGUGAGGAGAUUUGCAAAGACGAGAAAGCUGUUCCAAAGGAGAACUCUGUUAAAUCCAGCGUACCUGCAGAAUCACAGCUCAAGGGUCAAGCCGGAGGAAGCCUCGGCUCUACAGGAAAGGCAGCCAACAGCUCAGGCUCAGCUGCUCCACGGGAGAGAAAGAAAUCAACAUCCAAUGAGGUACAAACUGUCCCCAAAAUCUUAAACCCUUCUGCAGGAUCUCAGCACUCACUGGAAGCUAAGAGUGGUCACGCGGACAAAAAGAAAGCACAGCACCAGGAGCCGCCCCUUCAAAGAAAGAGUUCCCUGAGGAUGAAAGUAUCUUCCAUGCUUUCACAAGACGAAAAGAAAGCGCACAAGAAAGACGAGAAGUCCCUCCAAAGAAAGGCGUCGCUGAGAUCGCAGAGCUCCUCGGUGUCGAGCCAAACUCGCAGAGCGGACUAUUCGCAGGCACCCGCGGCAGAGCAAACGACCAAGAAAGGUCAAUCGGCGAGCACCUCCAGGUCACAGAGCUCUCUCAGCGGCCCGUCGGAGACGGAGAGGCAGAAGUCUCCGUUCCCGAGAUUAUCUCCUCAGCGCUCAAGCAAAAAAAAGCCGCCGAGCCCCGCUGGGGAGCAGGAGCAAGGCUCGAGGAGCGCUUUGGACGUCAAGGGAGCGACCGUCUAUCCCACCAGGAAAGAGAGGAAAGUCUACAGUCGAUUCGAGUAUUUGCUUAACAAUGAAAGUCUUCCUCUGGAUAAAUUGAGCGUGUCGCCCUCGGAGAGAGACGGACGCUCCUCCCUGAACAAGCAUGCCUCUAUGGAUCAGACACAAAGUGCGACUGACAACAAACUCGGACGAUUCAUACAGCGAGUAGGAAAUCUAAUAGGCAAGAACAAGUAGAGCCGCAGGACGAGAAGACGGCUGUCACACUGUAGUUUAUUUUGACUCAAUCACACACACACACACCGUCCUGCUCACUAGAGCACCAAAUGGGGAUUAAUCCGCUACUAAAAAUAGUCCACAAUAAAUCCACUACUUGCUCCUGUUUGUCUGAUGAAAACCACAGUGACCUACUGUUUUAGGAAAUUACUGAGACCUUUAUUUAAAUAUGAAACUAUGUAUUUUGACCAUGCUUUUUUAAAAAACUAUCUAUAAUAGGAAGAAAUGGAUUGGAAACACCAUUGACAUCAUUGUUGGUUUUUGCACUUUUCAUUUAAUUUGUUGAACAUAAAACCAAAAAAAAGUAAUAUCACCAACCUUAUCCUUUCAUGUACUUUUGCAUUGUCUCAUUUGUGAAAUAUAGUUUUUGUAACACGGCU